AUGCGACACCCACCCGCCCAACGAUGCCAUCCAAACGACCUCACCGGAAAUCCCGCCUGGGGUGCGUCCAGUGCAAGCAGCGAAGGAUCCGGUGCCGUGGUGGGCCACCGCAAUGCGAGAACUGCUGCAAGCACCGGCUGGAGUGCGAAUAUAAACAGUGGACGUUUCCUACUUGAUCGGCUGAAGAGCUCCAAUGGGUUGGAGUCCUCGUCACGACGCUUUGCGGUGGCGAACGACGACUGCUUUCGAGACGCAGAUGGGGAGGGGGAGUAUCUAUUGCGUCUUUCGCCAGGCUGCCCUCCCUCAGCCUCUUUGGACAGCCUCGCAGAAGGAUGGAUUCCCACGCAUGCUGCCGCCCUUCACUAUUUCCGCACGUUCGCCGCCGCCGAUUUCAAGGGCUAUCUGGCGUCCGAGUUCUGGACCUCAAUGCUCUAUCAAAAGUCAGAGUACUGCGUCCCCGUGCGCCAAGCACUUCUUGCCAUCAGCAACGCGCAUCGAGAGCGAGUCACUACCUCCGCCGAGACACUCUCAGGAUCGACUUUAAGGCUCUAUGUCACAGCGAUACAGCUGGCUGUCGAGCACAUGGAGCAAGAGAGCACGAUCUCCGAAAAGCGAGCGACGAGUCUCUACUGCUGCGCCGUGUUCUAUUGCUUCGAGCUGUUCAACAAGAACCCCCAAGCAGCAGACAUCCACCUCGACAACGGCCUCCGGCUCCUGAGAGAAUGGCACCGCCUUUCGCCAACGUGGCCGCCGUCCGGGCUCCGGAAUCCCGCUCGUGACGAUUUCACCAAGCUGCUAUACACCCUCGGACGCCUAGACUUGGACAGGAUGUUACGAGACGCCGUCACCCGGAGCUCCGAGCACGACGACAAGAUCUUCGCAUCUGGACUCACGCCGCUCUCGGAUCGUCCAGCUGACGAUUACUUCGCUCUCAAGGGUCGUAUGAUGCUCCUCUCCCGACGCAUCACACGCUUCGUCCGUCGUUACGAUCACCCGGACACGAUGCCGAUAGCUGAGGUGCCUGCUCAUGUCCUCUUCAGCCGCCUGCAGCUACAAUCUCAGAUCACGGAAAUGGAAAUCUUGCUCGAUGAGAGAGAGAGAGGAGGCUCCGCGAAACGUAUUCGUCCGGACGAUGUGAACUCACCGCUCUGUCGACCCUCCGGCUCUACCUCGUGA